AUGGCUUCAACGCAGACGAUCAAGAAGCCAAAGGGCAAGAUUGUAAGCAACUUUGCUGUUCCACCGAGGAGGCUCGCUCCAGACAACGCAACGCAGGACAACUGGGGUCGUUUAUCCGCUGCAAUCAAGGAGAUCCAGAACGAGAGAGCGUAUAAGCUCUCGUUUGAAGAAAACUAUCGAUAUGCAUACAACCUCGUACUCUACCGGCAGGGUGACUUUCUGUACAAGAAUGUGAAGCUCAUGAUAUCUGAGCAUCUGGCUGCCAUGACAGAGGAGUAUAUUAUUCCAGCGUUCGCAACCGGCAAUCGCGAUGACCCCGUGACGCGUGGUCAGGAAGGCGAGGUGCUCAUGAAGGGCGUACGAAAGGACAGAGUACAUACCGUCAACGCAGAGGUCCCAACUAUCACCGUCGCUGGAUUGGCAAUCUUCAGAGACGAGGUCUUGCACCGAUCAUCUGCACCCGUACAGGACCAAAUCGUCACCGCAGUCCUCGGUCAGAUCCAAGUCGAAAGAGACGGCUACAGCAUCAACCAAACAGCCGUAAAAGAAUGUGUCGAAAUCUAUCUCGAAUUGGCCGACAAUUCAGGCAAGAAGAUUUACCAUACGGAUAUUGAGCCGGUGUUUCUAGCAGAGACACGAAAGUUCUACGUCCAGGAGGCGCAAAGGCUGCUUGACAGCUGUGAUGCUGCAGAAUAUUUGCGUCGAGUCGAACAACGCCUAGACAGCGAAGAAGCUAGGGCGUACCAUUACCUUUCUUCCUCGACCUCAGGUGCAGUACGGACGAUUGUAGAAGGAAAUCUCCUUGGUCCUCUACUAGAGACUAUCAUUACCAUGGAGUCGGGUCUGAACGCCAUGAUUGACGGGAACAGAAUGGAGGAUCUCAACCGGAUGUACAAGCUAUUCUUCAAUGUUUCAUCUGCCACGGGUGGACCGCAGGCGUUACGGAAGGCGCUCAGAGAGUCUAUACUUUCCAGGGGAAAGGCCAUCAACGAAGCCAAUGACCCCACCAACGUUACGGCUGCAGUUGCUGGUUCAGAUGACGAAAAAGAGGCCAAAGGGAAACAAAAGGCGGGCGGAGCUACCCAAGUCCUCAACGUCGCACUCAAAUGGGUCCAAGACACGUUGGAUCUCAAGGACAAGUUUGACCUCAUCCUGAAACAAGCCUUUGAGGGGGAUAGGGUAUGUGAGGCGACAAUCACAGAGGCGUUUGGCUCGUUUGUCAACCAAAACCCACGGGCUCCCGAAUUCAUAUCUCUUUUCAUUGAUGAGAACCUCAAAAAGGGUCUCAAAGGGGCACGUUUUAAAACCGACGACGAGGUUGACGCCGUCCUUGACAAGACUAUCACCGUCUUCCGUUUCAUCACCGAGAAAGACGCCUUUGAAAGAUACUACAAGGCACAUUUGGCAAAACGGCUAUUGCUCAACCGUUCGGUGUCAGACGACGCGGAGCGCGGGAUGCUAGCAAAACUAAAGGUAGAAUGCGGUUAUCAGUUUACCAAGAAGAUGGAAGGCAUGUUCAACGAUAUGAAACUUUCCUCGGACAUUACCUCUGCAUACAAGGACUAUCUUUCUGGGACAACGGCCCCUUCUGUUGAGAUCAAUGUGAUUGUCAUGACAUCCACCUUUUGGCCUACAACAAACUCUGGGGCAACAUGUACAUUCCCGCCGGUCCUACUCCAAGCAUGUGGAUCGUUUGAGCGAUUCUAUAAUUCUCGCCAUUCCGGUCGGCGGCUGACUUGGCAGCCAGCGCUUGGCAACGCCGACGUGAGGGUCGCUUUCAAUGCAAGAAAGCAUGACCUCAAUGUGGCGACGUUUGCGUUGGACAUUAAGAAUUCCUCUGGAAUCCCUGAUACCGACCUCCAGAGGCACCUUCAGUCGCUUGCUUGCGCCAAGUACAAGAUAUUGAAAAAGCAUCCACCCUCGAGGGAGGUCUCGACCUCGGACUCGUUUUCCUUCAACAGCGGCUUCACGUCACCACUACUGAGGAUCAAAAUCGCGACCCUGGCAUCCAAAGUUGAGUCGAACGAGGAACGAAAGGAGACGCAGGAUCGCAUCGAAGAAGAGCGGAAGCAACAGGCAGACGCAUGUAUCGUGCGAGUAAUGAAGGACCGCAAGGUACUGGGACACAACGAACUUGUCAACGAGGUCACAAGGCAGCUGGCCCGACGGUUCAAUCCCAACCCUGCAAUGAUCAAGCGACGAAUAGAGGCACUGAUAGAGCGAGAGUACCUGGAGCGGCGAGAGGACCGAAAGUCUUACAAUUACUUGCCACGUGCCGUUAGGCGAAACUCUGGUCCAGGCAAUGGGCUUGAGCACCGUGGGUUUGACGACUGGUGGGACGCAUGGGCUAGCAUGUUGAGUGCGCAGUUCAACCAGGUAAACCAUAGUAAUAACGGCAACAAUGGAAAUAAUGGCAACAACGGCAACAACGGAAACAACGGAAACAACGGAAACAAUGGAAACAAUGGAAACAACGGAAAUAACGGAAACACACCACCUCGCACAACUUCGACGGUACAGUUUCCUACACCAAAUUUCCCAGUUUACACCCCACCACCUGUACCAAGCCAGACCAACGUCCCAACACCUACCUCGACGACUGUCCGUCCUCAAAAUGGGAAUAAUAGUGCAACAACCCAAUCGGGCGCGACUGGGAAUCAGAGCGAGACGGGUACUGCGGUGCAUUCCACUUCGACCUGGCCGUUGACGAGUCCAAACAAUGUUGGCGAAAAUCCUCAGGGAAAUGUCUCGAGCUUUCCUCCUACUCUGACGGACUCCAAUGGCAAUCCCAUCCCUUCAUACUCUGGUUCUGACCCAAGGGGGACGCUUCCUGUCGCCCCUUCCGGGAAUACUGCAUCACUCAACCAAGCACCGUCAAACAAGGGAUUGAUUGCUGGUCUCGUAAUUGGUCUCAUCCUCCUCGUGGCGCUUUGUGCCCUCUCGGCGUUCUUCCUCAUGAGACGGAGACGAAAGCAAAGGCGUGAGAGGGAGCAAACCCAGACAUCGGAUGACGCCUGGCUCGUCAAACGCGAGGAGAAGGGGCUGCCCGAGGUCUAUGAAGAUGAAAAGCGCAACUCUACCCCAAUCAGCGCCUCCGAACCUGCAAGUGUCAGUAUCCUGGCUCGAGAUUCCAGGGUGUCUCGCUUCUCCAGGGGCUCCAAGACGUCUCGCGGCUCUCGACCCCUCUCCGACCAAUCUUACGGUACCGUAAUGCGGGCCCGCACGCCCGGCGGAAGCUCAGCUAUCCCUGUUCCAUAUAACCCCUCCGAAAUUAGCGACGACGUCUCGGCACACUUUACGUACUUCCCACAAGACGACUCUAUAGGCGUGCCGGUGCCUUACCCCCUCGCUCUUCAUGUUCCCGCUCGGGUUGCCCAAGCCAUGGCCGAGAGGGAUGAGAGAUGGAAGGCUUACGAACAGCAACGAGGCGGCCGCAGACGGAGCAGUCUACUCAGCUCGGAUACGGACGCGACACGACCCGACCUUCCGAGGCGUAGCACACUACAAUCUAUUCCAGACACCAUCGACACGGAUGCAUCGUCGAUUAUGGAACGGGAUACCAACGGCGUUUAUAUGUCACGACAAGGGAAGACACAGUCGUCGAUAUUGGAUUCCAGUCGGUCAAAUAUGGUCAAUGACGGACAUGAUCUGAGCCCCAACGACGUUGCUGCCAGUUCCGGAAUGCCAGCUACUGCCAUCCGACGGCUGCCACCUCUUCCAGUUCCUACAACGCCACCUGUCAUUGAGCAAGAUGAGAAUCCAUUCGCUACCGAACGGGAUGUGCGCAGAUUCUCUGCUUCUGCAGCUGGCCCAUCGAGAUUUAUUGAACGGGAGUUGUCAGACGACGGCACCGAGUCCGAGACGGUGAUCCAACAUGCUAAUGCGGAGGUUACCACCGGAACCGUUACUGGUUUCGCCCGCGCAUCGCCAGCGGCACUCGUAUCGCGUCCAGCCUCCACUGCAUCCAUUACCGGACAGGUCUACCCUGCGCCAGCUGCUUCUACCUCGACUGCACCGGGAACCAUGGGUUUCGCGCCGCGCAACUAUGCCAAUCCUUUUACAGAUGACUAUAUGGCACAACCACGUUCAUCGGUAGUAUCUCGAACUGUUCGAGACUCUACUGUCUCGGAUGCCACUGGACGCUCGUCUGCGUACUCUGCAUAUGCGGGAGUGUUCGAUCACGAGACAGUUGAUGGACAUGGUCAAACCGGAAACGUCACCUACAAAUUCCCACUGCCACCCAAACCCAAGCCUUCGUGA